GUUCUGGGUUCGAAUCCCGAUCAAAAUGACGUAACGUGAUGAAAAUAUAACAACCAACAUGGAGGCUUCAAAAGAAUGGCCUGACUUCUUCAACAACACGAAGAACUUCAAAUCCGGCGCGUUUGACGAGCCUUAUGGUGUAAAUGACGUCAUCGAUGUGUCGAAGAUCAACUAUACUUAUUACGAUAAUUUGACUGCGCCUGAUUAUACGAACUUCACGACGGACAAUUUUUGCGCGUCUAACUUCAGCCACGUGUAUUUGAAUGUGACUUGCGAGUUCCCCAUUGAUUAUGCUGAGCCUAUGUAUGGAUACAUCGCACCAUUCCUGCUAGCGACCACUACCGUCGCCAACACUCUCAUAGUCGUCGUGCUGUCGCGCCGACACAUGCGCACGCCGACCAACGUGGUCCUCAUGGCCAUGGCUCUUUGCGACAUGUUCACGAUGCUCUUCCCUGCCCCCUGGCUCUUUUAUAUGUACACGUUUGGGAACCAUUAUAAGCCAUUAAGCCCCGUGACGGCGUGUCAAGCUUGGAACUAUAUGAAUGAGGUCAUCCCAGCCAUGUUUCACACGGCAAGCAUCUGGCUGACACUAGCGCUGGCCGUGCAGAGAUACAUCUACGUAUGCCACGCGCCUGUAGCGAGGACCUGGUGCACAAUGCCGCGUGUCACCAAAUGCCUGAUCUACAUCGGCAUAGCGGCGUUCCUGCACCAGCUGCCUCGCUUCUUCGAUCGCCAGUUCAUCCCGCACCACACUGUCUGGCGCGGCCACUACGAAGACGUGUGCAGGAUACAAAUAGCUCCAUGGGUGCACUCGCUCUCCCUGGACGCCUACUUCAUCUCCUACUUCGGCUUCCGCGUGCUCUUCGUCCACCUCAUCCCCUGCACGUCCCUCGUCGUCCUCAACAUCCUCCUCUUCAGAGCCAUGCGCACCGCUCAGCUCAACCGGCAGAAACUCUUCAAAGAAAACAGGAAGUCAGAGUGCAAGAGACUCAGGGAUUCCAACUGCACGACGCUUAUGCUCAUCGUGGUUGUCACUGUAUUCCUUUUAGUAGAAAUACCCGUGGCCGUUGUCACUAUCUUACACAUUAUAUCUAGCAGUUUAGUCGAGAUUUUAGACUAUCAUAUUGCGAAUAUUCUGAUUCUCAUCACGAAUUUCUUCAUCAUUGUGUCAUAUCCCAUCAACUUUGCUAUAUACUGCGGCAUGUCCAGGCAAUUUAGGGAGACGUUUAAGGAGCUAUUUAUUAGAGGAGCGGUUACUAGUAGGAAAAAUGGCGGAUCUAGUAGGUAUUCCUUAGUCAAUGGCCCUAGAACUUGCACUAACGAAACUGUGCUUUAGAGAAUUAAGGAGAUUUUUUGUAAAUAAACUGUGCUAUUUUCACUGAUAGAUCGUAGAUUCUGUUUGUCUAUUUUAUAUAGUUAUAAUAGACAUAUCAAAAAUGUAUGAAAUAAAAAAUGUAGAAUUUUUGGCGAUUUAU